AAGCGAUGCAGUUGUGACGCAACUAUCCCGAGCCGUCAAUCAAGCAAGACCACGCAACAGUCUAAACCUUGAAAGUGCGUUUGACAGUCUGGCAAUCUUGCCGACGAAAAAUCAGCAAAUCUAAGCUCAUAUAGCUACUUGUCGUCUCUCUACCUUUACCCUCGACCGUGCUUCCGAACACAGGACGUUCGAUAAUCUACACAGAACCACUUUUCCAAGAUGACGAAAUCUGACAGCGAAGUUAUCGAGCAGUUCAAUGAGUAUGUCAACAUGACCGCCGAUGAGCUGGAAGAAUGGCUCAAGUCGGACCCUUCCACCUCGUCCGGAUGGAACAAGGAGGACGGCAGCGGGGAGACCAUUGGGCACGACAGCGGAAGGAAGAUUGUCGAGAUUCUCAAGGCUAACCCUGACAAGGACUCGUCCAAGUACACUGAAGACCAGAUCGCCCACAUGCACAAGGUCGUCUCCUACUGCGCCCGUCACUUGGCGCAAGAAGCUCACAUGAAGGAUGAGAAGAGCGCCGAAGAGUUGCAAGAGACCAAAAGCUACAAGAGUCUGAAGAACUGGGGACACGAUAGUCUGAAAAAGGACGGCAAGUCGGGUUCGAGCGGGAAGAAGGCUGAGAAGGAGGACGAUGACGAGGAGAAGGAAGCUGCCCCGAGCAAGGGCAAGGGAAAGGGAAAGGCGAGCAAGGAAGAGGUUCAGGAGGAUGAGCGGAGGGAAGAGGCCGCCAAGGCGGAUCAAGAAUCGGGCGAGGAGGGAGGUAUUGUCGCUGGCAAACGGAAAAGGAAGGAGCGAGCAAUUUCUGCUGAAGAGGUACAGGAGGAUCCUGAAUACAAUUCGGAGGAGGACGACGAUUUCGCUCCUGGCGACGAUGACGACGAGGAAGAGGGUGACGACGAGGACGAGGACGAUGAUGAUGAAGAGGAGGACGAGGAUGAGGACGAGGAAGACGAUGGUCCCGCCAAGAAGAAGGCAAAGACCGGCUAGACUGAAGUUUAGGUGCUACGAGGAUUGCUCUGCUGCGAGCGAGAAUUCCCGCGAUUCUGUAGCAGAAAAAGAAGGGGCAUGCCCCGGUUGUACAAGAAGCCACGAUACGAUGAUACAUGAAACGACCAGAUCCAAAGAUAGGA